GACAAUCUACUGCAAUAUGUCCUAAUGAAUUACACUCAUGACAAGUGUUAUGGGGACACUGUCGAUAGAAAUGCUCAGAACUCUGACAAUUCUUACAGGUCUCUCUACGAAGGGCUUGGAGUUGACAAUGUACAGCUAUAUGUCAAGCCUGGUGGCAUCGGUUACAG